AUGCUUGUUGAAAUGUCAGCUGCGAUGGCGCCUAAGGGCACUGGAACCGUUCUUAAAAAGGGCAUAAAUUCAUUGAAGGUCCCUAAAAAGGCAAUUAAUGAAUCCACUUUGGAACUGAUAAGUGUCAGCUCCGAUGAUUUCAUGGAAGAAAUCGACGCACAUCUGCAGAAUAAUUACCGGUUUCGUAAAUUUGCAAAUGAGGCUGUCAAAACUGACGGUGCGUGGCUUAUUCACAAUCGUAGUCUUGAAGAGGCGUUUGGGAAGGCAAGGAAGCGUCUUCAGCACGGUGAAGGCCUUGGUCAGAACAAGAAUAUUAGUGUCACCACACAAUGCGGAUUUCUGUUCACCAGGAAUUGGAGCGUCGUGGAGUCCAUUGCGUGUAAUGGACUGAAAACGGGAAAUCUUCAAGAUACAUGGCUGGGAAAACCAGAAAAGGGUGUCGUGAUUAGCCAAUGCGCUGAUAUUGGCCUUGCUUACUUGGCAGACAAUGGCUCCAAGGAAGCCGAAUCAUAUCAUCCGGAUUUGGCAAAUGAACCUGAUUUGAAGACUGAUUUUACGACAGGUUCCACGUACUUUGUUAUUCUUGUACGCUGGUUAAAAAGCAAAGUUUAUGUUACUCAAGUUUUACCUCCGGAAUCGUGUCCAACCGCCACCGCGGAUUUUAGGUUGGAUCCUCAACCUGGUUACACAUGCCAUAUGACAAAGUGGAGUCGAAUGGAUCCUCUUGAUCCUUCGAAGGUCACACUUACUGAAGUCUUUCACAACAGUCAAGUCUAUCUUUAUGAAUACGACGAGGAGAUGGAUCUGAAAACUACUCUUGAGCAUAUUCUCCCUUUCGCUGUGGUCAAAUGUCAGUGGAAUUUGUUGCCGGAAAAAUUUCUCUUGUUUCGUUUUAUCAACGAUGGAGCUAUUCUUUUGCCACGGAAGCAGAAGGAAACCACAGUCCCUCGGAAGGCUCUUUUGAACACACCACCAUCAGCUUUGAAAAUCCUUGUGGAGAAACGAACUCCAAAAUCAGAUCCAAAAAUAUGGACAAAAGGGAAGCACAUAGCUGCUUUGUUUGCUUCACCGAUUGUCUCAGCAGCAGCAGAGAAGAAAAAUGAUGUCAGCGCAUCUAAGUCAGUUGUCUCCACGUCAGAUCGCCAACAGUUGGUGUUGAAUGCCUCGAACGCGUCUUCUGUUGUCCCUUCUCCGUCUUCUACUCUCUUAAAUGUCCCAGCCCCAGAAACAAAUCUCAUUUCGCAUUCUCAUCACCACUCUGAUCCAGUGGCUGCUUCUGGUCGCAAACUGCAAGAAGCUCUGGAUAGGACAUAUAUGCAGUCUGAUGCAGCUAGUAACGACGACUUGCCACACUAUGUUAUCAAUACCUGCUUUCUGGUCUGGCCAGUGUCUGAGCGCCCUGAAAGUAUGAAUGAUGAAAGUGUAAAAGUUGAGACAUGGCAGUUUCCUGUGAAGAUUAUGUCCCAUCGCAAUCCCACAUUGCACAUCUAUGAGGGUCUGCUGCAACCACGGCUCAUUAUUUCGGAUCUGGUCUCCUUUUCCCGACUUCAUCAUGAACUAGCGGGUGUUCAAGAGCCGUCUGGACCCCCGUCAGAUCUCUCGUUAUCGGAUAUUUCUGAGCAGGCCUCGGCUUUGGAGACCUUUAGUCUUGAUCCUCGGCGCUUGAGAGGCCGGUCGGGUCUCUCCUCGUGCCUCCCUUUUGUUUCCAUUGAUAGACUUCGCGAGUGGAUUGUUCCCAGCAAAGAAAACGUUGAAAACGAUGCCUCAGCUAAACUGAGUCGCUUUGCGGGUUACAGGGGCAAUUAUUACCUUCUUAGUCUCCUGGAGUCCUCCACACAGCGGGCUGAAGUGGCCAAACUCUAUGACACAUUGAAAAGCAAGCAAGUGAUAUUCCUGCAUUGGACAGCUCAGACACUAUAUCCUUCCACGGUAUCCUGCUUCUUCCCCAUUCAAUUCAUUCAAGCCUACUGGAAAGUCAUUUCCGCUUGGUUUGCUUCCGUAGACUCGAUUAUCUUCUGCCUUUCAGCUCCUUUGGAAAAUAAGUGGAGUUUUAGUCUUUCCUCAUUUGUGGAUGCACUACCAGGUGGCGGCAAGGCUCUCCGUCAGGCUAUCUCGAAUCUUGCUUCAAGUCCAAAGGAAGACUCACAGCCCUCGCCUUUGUUGAUGCCAGAUGAUGUACACAUUUUCUCCCAAGCCUUCACACCUUUGAGCCCUCAAGAACCUGCUUCCUAUGAGGAUCCAGCUUUGAUAAUUCCAACUCCAGAUGUACAAAUACCCGACAGCCCGGUCAUAGUAGUAAAUUCACCAGUACCCUCCUGUGAUAUGGAAUUGGAAACCUCCUUUGAGUCUAACAUUCCUUCGUCCCCAGAAAAAGGAAGAAGCAAGUUUGUCAAACGAGGCGAUGGACGCGACUCCCAUAGUUGUACUAACAUUCCGCUCAAGGUUCCACUCGCGCCUGACAAAUGUUCGCCACACUCACUCUUAUAUGGUUUUCCUAUUACAUCUUCGCAUGUAUCUGAGAUUGCGAGUAAAGCUUUGACUUUGGAACACAGCAUACCAACCUCUACGAGUUUGUUUACAAUCAAGAAGGAGGUGUGGGAAUCUCAGGCAGCUUUUAAUGACUAUAAUGAGUGGAGACGAAAAAGGGAUGAGGAGCGUAAAGCACAGCAAAACCAGUGUGUUUCUCAUUCUGAAACAAUUCUUUGUACGGGAAUCGCGCAGGCCUCUCGCUACAACGCGCCUGACAUUGAUGACAGUGUUUCUGCUGAUGUUGAUGUUCUAAAUCAGACUCUUUUGCCCGAUCCCAUUAUUGAGGUGGAGGAAGAAGACGAUCACGUGAGACUUUUUAGUCCCGCUAGCCCAGAUGAAAAUCAAACCCGUCCUCUACACUCUUCAUCUCAGGAUCCUUCUCAUGAAGAAGAGGAGGGUGAGAUUGUGGACGACGAUGAAGAAGUCGCAGAUGAAACAGAUGUAUCGAGUGACUACAGUCCCUCAUCAGACCAAUCCCCAAAGUGCAAAAAAUCACGAGAGAUUGGUUACAAACCCAUUUGUAUUCCUUGUUCACCACACAGAAGACGAUCAAAGCAUGACUCUUCCCAUCAUCAGGCAUCAAAGAAGUCGAAAAAAAGAAGGAAGCACGUGGAAGAUGUUGACUAUCGUAUAGCAAGGUUAAAUGAUGCCCAUUUUCCAAACGGUCGAAAAGACUCACAAUACUCUUUCAAUUUGCCAGCCGCAAUGCCGCACACAAACCGAUUCAAAGACACCGACUAUCGCUACCAAGUGUACAUACCCAAGUCGGCAGAGACGGUGUCAGUUCCUGUGAAGGUGAUCAAUCAUGCCUACUUUACAGAGAAUGAGGUGUUACAUAGUCACAGCAGACUUUCCUCUCGUCGAAAUGGUGACCUCCGGUUAGCUCAAUCCCCACCAUCUUCCGUCCCUCGAAGUCGCAGUAAGGGUUAUACAAGGUUUUCCACUGAAAAGGCGUCUGCAACUCACAAAUCCGGUAUACUGACUCAACAGCCACCUGCUCACAUCCGGCUCUCUAUGUCACCGGGUGUCUAUCAUCCCACAGCGAACGGAAGUGCCCUUUUAGAGAAUCCGACUGACCUAAUCAUCAGCAUGCCAUUGAGUACCACUCGCAAGGCUACCUCUCUGUUAGGAACCGGAACUGGUGGCAUUGUCGCAGGGUCUCUUCCAGUCCCCUACAUUCCACUGAAAUUUCGCCUCCAGACGUCUCGACCUCGACAGCCUCUGGCGUCUAAAAGGAGCGGUUCGGUGGUAGCAGCUCUUGUCGACUCGAACAGUGGGAACAGCAGUGGUGUGUAA